AUGUCCGAUUUUCACGUUCAGCUGGGCUACGGUGGGAUUCACAUUGUCAACGGAGGCGAUGAUCCCAAAAUCAUCCUACUUCCAGCCUCGACGCUACGAUUUAGUGCCUUGAUUUUGAUAUCGCCUAAAACCGUUGCGUUGUGCAUUUCCCUACGCAUCUCUGACAGAAAGAGAUUCUUCUCCUCUCUAAUAUUAUUUAGUUCAUACUUCUUGUCUACAAACAAAGCUUAAGCGUUACUGAUAUAGCAGAAUUCACACGUACGAAAAUCAGAUAGUACGUGCUUCUUACCUUAGUGGAUGGAGCAGCUACGAUUCCAAUAUAUUAAUUGUAAAUAUAUUGUUUAAAUUUUAAUGUCACUGUAAAGCAUAAAGAUAUUUGUAAGACAGAAACAUGUCGUGUAACUCAUGUCAGACUAAAUAUUCAUUCUUCACGCAUGAAAAUGCUUGUCCAAAAUGUGGGUUCUCUUACUGCAGCAAGUGCCUAAAGUAUAAAUGCCAUUUACCAAAUGUUGGUACGAAGAAAAUAUGUGGUCCAUGUUAUAACAAAUUACAGUUUAGCGAGACAAAGAAAACUGUAACACCUGUCUCUGACCUGUCUCCACCAGAGGGAUUGGAUUCUCCACUGAUACCCAUAGAUAUUACCAAAAAAUUGGAUGCAUUAGAAAAUCCAAGUAAACCGCCAAUAACAAUGUAUAAACAAGGUACACAUUGGGAUAAGUUUAAAACGGGAUUAGAACCAGCAGAUCAGGAAAUUGUUGAUCGGUUGAGAAAACUCAAAGAUGAGGAUAAACAAGUUCCUGCACCUAGUGUAGAAGAGAUAAGACAUAGAUUGGCAUUAUUGAAGGAUCAGGAUCCUGAUAAAGUUCCUGAGAAAGGAAAUAUUUAUAAAGAGGAUACUAGAUCUGACCAACAGAAGACAAAUGACUUAAUAUCAGAAUAUUUAGACACAUUGAAAUUGUCUGCAGGAAAAGACCCUUACCAAGAAAUCCAAGCUAGAUUAGAUCAUUUAAGAGAUAUCGAUCCAUCCAAGUCCACAGUAAAACAUGACGACAGUGAUGACGAAGAUACAGUGACUAAGAAAUUAAUUAAAAAGGCUUUGUCCGAAGCAGUCAUUGAAGCAAAGUAUCAAGAUGUUGAUGAACUUGAAGAUAUGGAAAUUGAGGCUGUGCAAGGAAGCUGUGACGAGGAUGAAGCACCGUCAUGCGUUAUGUGUGAAGAAACUAAACAAUUGUUAGUUUGUUCAGGUUGUAAUAACGAUUUGUAUUGUCCAGCGUGCUUCGAGGAAAAUCAUGCAGACUUUGAAUUGCACAAGCAUAAAAUAGUACCCCUUAAACUGUCUAAAAAACCCACCAUGGAUUGAGUAUAAAAACGUCAAUCGGAAAUAUGAGAAUUUGUGUAUAUUUUGAAAUAGUGACGCGUUGCCUUUGUAUAAUUAUUUCGCUAUCCGCUAUAGCUUCUGUAGUAUCUACACGAAUAAUCUUACAUCGCAUUACAUGCCUCAUACUCUAUCAGGUGUCUAAUAUUGAAUACUGCUUAAGAAUUUUGUGCCACUCUGACGCUCCUACUUGACUAUUUUAUUGUCAUUGUGGGGUUUUACACUUUCGUAUGGUACCGCCUUCGGCGCCUGCCAUCUUCAUAACGGAACCCGACACAGAUAGCAAAGUGUACGUACAUGGUCGAAGCGAAGUCCAAAGAUCAUUAUUCAAAUAAAAAUGAAACAAAAUGUUAAUUAAUAUUUGUAAUGUAGCACAGCUUGUAUAUGUUUCAUUUCUACACGGCUAAAAUACAACACUGCAAUAACUUGUAAAUGA